GCACUCUACCACAACUAUCGCAAGUCUGGGUACUUGUCGGCUACGUCGUUCCUCAAGUCUAUAUCGUUCAUAACUUCAGCGCGAGUCGCUUGUCUUAAUAUCUACCUCCCUGCUUCACGCUCCUUUUCAUCCCACUCCUUCAGAAUGCCGGUCAUGCGCUCUCUCCUUGUCUUCGUGCCCGCCGCCGCCAUAACUUUGAUGCUUAGCACGCCCUUCGCGGUGCAGCAUGCCCUGGCCAAUCCAAUCCCACUGCCGUCUUCGCCGAGGGCCUUUGGCGGGUUUGCGAACAUCGAUGCCAGAACGGACAGGUUAUCCGCACCUAAGCAUCUAGCUUCUCAUACUACAGCCAUACAACCCAAGUCACUGAAGGCCCCCUCGCGGAUAACGGCGGGGCACGCAGAACGUAAAGCAGCCAGGAGUGUUCCACACGUGCCGCGUGAACCAGUUCACGCAUCUGCCAGUGGUCAUGGGAGCUCGAACGCAUCGAGCCGCAAGCUUGCCCUUCUACGAAGAUAUCACCGCCAGGCCUUGCGGCACGCCUCAAACUAUCACAACCUAGCAUCAAAUGCAACGUCUGCGUCCGCUUCUGACCCAGCAUUCCAACAGCAGGCGUCAACAGAACUCUCAGGAUUCAGUACGAACUUUCUGGGCUUCACUACUGUUCUAGCGGAGCUUGGCGGUGACAACGGCACCGCAAACAUGGAUCCCACCAACAACCUGGAAACCUUGCUAGAGAGCAUCAUUAACGCUAACAAGGACAUCCUCACGGUCACUUACAACCUUGUCGUCUCGUUGCCCAUCGUCGGUCCGAUCUUGGGUCCCAUCGUGUAUCAGCUAAAAUGUACUCUGGACGACCUCCUGGACAUCGUCGAGAAUCUGACCGAUGCUAUCAUCAACGCGAUCCAACCCCUUCUUCAGGCAGUUCUUGGCUCGGCUGUUACGGCGACAUGCGCGUCUGGCGUCGAGGUUGCAGGUCUUUGCAUAUAACACCGGGUUAGACUCGAUUUCUUCUUCUGUAACCACAGACUAUCUGUAGAACCCACGCGCUGGCGCUUCUAUUAGAGUGCGCGUACGAAUUUGUUUUGUACUUACCUUGCCACUGUAUUAUGACGGACUUCCUCAUGCUUUUGUAAACUAUCUAUGCUGUUCGCUCGACUACCUCCUUGACCAAAACGAUUCAAGAGCAU